CUGCGCUGGACACCUCCCUCCACUGAGAUGGCCGCAGGAAUGGGGGUCUGGGCCGGGCAGCUGUGGUUGCUGGCCAUCUUGGGGGGCCACCUGGUGCCAGCAGAGGAGGUGCUGUCGGGGGUGGAAUUCGUCCAGCGGAGCCUGAGCUCGGAGGAGGGGCCCGGCGAGUACCUGUACGACUUCGACGGCGACGAGAUCUUCCACGUGGACCUGCAGCGCAAGGAGGCCGUCUGGCGGCUGCCCCGGUUCGGGGAGCUCACCGGCUUCCAGGCCGAGGGCGUGCCGGGGGACCUGGCCAUCCUCCGCUCCAACCUGGGCGUCCUUAUGAGCCUCUCCAACAACACCCCGGCCCAGAACGUGCCCCCCAAAGUGAUGGUGUACCUGGAGAAGCCGGUGGAGCUGGGGGAGCCCAAUGUGCUCAUCUGCCUGGCAAACGAGUUCUCACCCCCAGAGAUCAACCUGACCUGGGUGAAGAACGGGCAGGAGGUGCAGGCCACGGAGGAGACGGACUUCUACCCCAAUGCGGACCACUCCUUCCACAAGUUCUCCUACCUGACCUUCGUCCCCAACGCCGAGGACAUCUACUACUGUCGGGUGGAGCACCAGGGCCUGGCCCAGCCCCUCACCAGGGAGUGGAAUGCCGACACGGCCGAGCCCCUUCCAGAGACCGAGGCUAAUGUGGUGUGCGGUCUGGGACUGGCCGUGGGCAUCGUGGGCAUAAUCGUGGGCACCGUCUUCCUCAUCAAGAACCGGCAGAUGAACGAGGCCAACUUCCGCCGGAGGCCCAGGUAAUCGAGGGCAGAUGUAUCACUCCCUUCCUCUCCAGAACUGCGCCUGCCACUUCCACAACCCGCAUUCUUUGCUCCUCCUUUCUUGGCAAAGCCUUUCCUCCUUGAUCAACUCAGAGAACUGUGUGGGGGGUUUACUUUCCUGAUCCCCAGCAGCCUUCCACGUGGCUCCUCCUGCCCAGUUUGGUGUAGUGGUUGUGUGCGCG